GCUAUUUUGGUAGCUGCCCACAUGUUCAACUUGUGGAUACUUUCUCACCAACAGACAUUUCCAAUGUUCCUUGCGCAGGUUGUCUUCGCACAACCACCAUCGAACAGAGCUCGUUGUGAAUACCUUGACUUGCAAAAGACGUCUCCUAUCAGAUAGUCGCCAUGCCUUGGGAUGUUAUCAAGUUGAACGACGGAACCUCCAUCCCGAAUAUUGCAUUCGGGACCUGGACGCUUGGAAACGGCCAACAGUCGACUGACAAGGUCGACCAAGCCAUUUCUGUGGGCUUCAAUCACAUUGACACAGCGCAGUCCUACCGGAACGAGUACGAAGCUGGAAUUGCAAUCAAGGAAAGCGGCCUAGAUCGCAACGAUCUGUACAUCACUACUAAGUAUUCGGGUCUGAAUGGUCUCGAUAUCGAGACAUCCAUUAAUAACAGUCUCAACAAUCUCGGUGUUAAGUAUGUUGACUUAUAUCUCAUCCACCAUCCGCGACUUGCCCAGCCAGACAUACCUACCGCUUGGAAGCAGAUGGAGAAGGUCAAAGCAGACGGGCUAGCUAAGAGUAUCGGUGUCAGUAACUUCCAAAUUGCUGACUUGGAGAUCCUUCUUGCCUCUGCGAAGGUCAAACCGGCCGCAAACCAGAUUCUUCUUCACCCCUACGUCGUGGGUCGCCAAACCCCCUUGAUCCAGUAUGCUUUCGAUAACAACAUUGCCAUUGAGGCGUACAGCGUCCUCAUCCCUCUUACCCAUCAACCAGGUGGACCUGUCGAUGGCCCUGUGAAAGACAUCGCAACGCGUUUAGAUGUUAAACCUGAACAGGUACUUCUUGCCUGGGCGAAGGCGAAGGGCGUUAUUGUCGUGACCUCAAGCUCGAAGAAAGAACGCUUGGAAGGAUAUCUUGCUGCUGGCGAUAUUGGUAUAUUUCUUCAUUUGCUCGCGCACAGCCAAAAUUUACAAGAUGUUCCAGACCUUACUCCCGAAGACGUGAACAACAUCGAUAACGCUGGCGCCAUUGGUGCUCGCCGAAUGACUGCGCGAACCGUGAUCAGGAGAGCUGCAAUUGCAGCCCUCAUCGUAGCCGUCAUAUUCGGGAUCUGUAGCUACAUGGGUUUCCUACCCUCUAUGUUCUUGCUUCACAUAUCCCAGUCAAAUGCUUUGAUCGCUACGGUUGUAUUCUUUAUCUUGUUGGCCCUCAAGCUUUACUUCUAAAUGGACAUUGUUGUCUAUCGAUGGCCUGUCUAUAUCCCCACGUCUUUUCCCUUCAGUUUAUCAGAGAAUGGGUAGUCGGUGUAACCCUCAGCUUCCCCUAUAGCGUAGAAUGUUGAACGAUCGUAUGAAUUCAAAAGAACAUUUGCUAUGAGUCGUCGGGG